CAUGGGGGAGGCCUCGGUGGGGGUGUUGCGCGGCGCCGGCCCGAGCCUCCUCGUAGUCGGGGAGCCGGGCUCCGGGAAGACGGCGCUGCUCUUUGCGGCGGCCCUGGAGGCGGCCGGGGAGGGGCGGGGGCCCGUGGUCUUUGUGGCCCGUAGCCCCCUGCAGAGCCUGCCGAGGGUACCAGGGUGGGCCGUCCGGGACCCGCUCCGGCUGCAGAAAAUCCGCUUCCUGUAUCCCCACUCCUCCCAGGAGCUGCUGCAGCUCGUCAGCUCCAUGCAUGAAACCCCCAGCCACAUCCCCUCCCUCCUCCUCUUGGAUGGGCUGGACGAAUACUUGACUGAGUGCAACGAACAACCGCUGGCCACCCAUCUCACAGCCCUGCUCGUCGACACGGCCACCUACUUCUCGGAGAAGCUGGGGCCCGGCCACUCGGAGGGUGCGGUCACCUCGGGCUUCAGCCUCAUCGUCUCUGUACGGCCGUCGGCGCUGGAGGAGGAGGCCUCCCUCCAGACGGCUCUACUCGAGCGCUAUUUCCCCAUGAGGUGCUGGCUGGAACCCGAAGAAGUUGGGACCCAGGAGUCUGAGCAGUUCUCCUUCCGGACCCGGUUUUCUGGCUGGCACCGGCUGGGCUCCCAGGACCAAAAGCUGGAGUGGCGACUAGGAUUCGGGCCCGAUGGCGAAAUGAGGAUUUCCUUAUUCUCCUGACCACGGCCCCGGGACUUCCCAGGGCUGGCGGAGACAAGCGAGGCCGGCCCGGUGCCUGUUUCAGCUGGGCACGGAGAAGAGAGCAACAUUUUUCAAGAUACUCUUCCACCCAUGAAAAGCAGAGAGGUGGGGGUCAGGCCUGGGUGGGGGUGUUUCAGUUUCCAGACUUUUCACCUGCUCUUAUUUUUAUUUAUUUAUUUUUUAAAAAUUGGGACAAAUAAUGGAGAGCUUGGUGAGUGGCAGCUUGGUCGGGGGGGUGGGGUGGGGGGAGGUGUCCCUCUGUACUUAGUUGGCCUGUCAAGGCAAUAGCAGGAGAGCCUACCUCCCACUUCUUUAGACUGUUGCGAGGAGUAGCAAUUCAACAGAAGUGUUGCAAACCUGCCAGCCUAUGGCCCUGGGGAGUUGCAGGAAAGUGUAUUUUAUAGAGGAACCUGGGUUGGAGGUUGGUAAAGGUGCUUGUACUACAACUGGACCUUGUUACCUAGGUACUUACCUGGUUUGAAAAUAAAAAUGAAAUGGAAACAGGCCACUAAGCCAACUGGAAACUUGA